UAGAUCUAGAAAUCUAGUACGUCAUAAUUCAUAAGAUUGUAACUUAUUUUUAGGCUAAAAUGUCUGACAGCGAUUUUGAAGAAGCUGAGAGUGAAAUUCACAGCAUUGAAAUGAAUAUUGUCUACCCUGAUGGAAAUCCUUCUAAAUAUAGUCUUUAUCUAGAAAAUACAGUUAAACAGGAGAAAGAAACAAUGCUCGAUAUUAGACACAUUCAAAAUCCAGAUGAAUAUGAGCUUGUGAUGAUUCAACCACUGAGACAAAAAACUGUUUUAGAGGAUUCAAUAACUAUUAAUGAUUAUGCAACUGACUUAGCAUCAUCUCAUGAAACUUAUCUAGAGAUAAGAAGGAAAGGAACACAGAAAACAUCUGAAAAGCAGCCUGGUGGUUUAGGAAACGUGGGUUCUUGUAUAACAUUAAAGUAGUUAACUGAAAGCAAAUUUAAUCAUUUACAUUUAUGUCACAUUUUUGUUUUUGUUUUCCCCUUUUUUUUUUAUCAUUGUCUUAAAGAUUUAUUUGAUCAUUUUUACAACUUAAAAACAAAUCAUUAUCUAGGAAAAAAGAGAGCUUAUUUUUUUAAACAAAUUCUAUUUUUAAAAAACUAGGAUACAUAUGAUAUACUACUAGUAUCAUAUCAUUUUACAAGAUACCUUUUUUCAGUUAGUAUUGUACUUUUUUUUGUAGUGGAUUUAAUAGUUUACUAGUUUCCCUAUUAUGCAGUCAGGUUAGCCUUAAAGGGUUUGCAAUUCUUCAGACUUUAAAGCUGUGAAACUAUCAAUAAUUACUGGUUUGUUUUUUGCUGUUGCCUUAUAGCUGUAAAACUAGCAAUAAUUACUGGUUUGUUUUUGUGACUGUCUUAUAAAAACAUGCACACAUGACCCUACCCUAUCUGGAAGAACUUUUCAACAAUGCCUCUCAGUAAAGUCAGAAAAGUUUUAGAAGUCACCAACCUACCACACAAGUACAACUAUGUCACUUCUUUUCAAAGUGAAUAACUUGUGUACAUUAAGACAAGAAGUGAAUGCUCUUAAAGCUCCUUUGGUCCUUACUCUGUAAGACUGUAUCAGCACUGCUCAUUGACUGGGGGAUAUGGAAAAGAUCAAGAUGUAUGAGUGUUUUAGUGACUUAAGUUUUUUUUUUCUAUAAAUUAAAUAAGACCAUAAAGUUAAAAUGUUAUUUAACCUUGAAUAGGCCAAAUACGAGAGUAUGCAUCCUCUGAUCGGAACCCUUUAGCUCAAGAAAACAUAAAGAAACUAGAACAGACACAAAAUAGAGCAGUGAGAUUCAAAACACUUCAAUAUUCAUAUUUAAUUAGAGAAACACCUCUAAAAAAAAUCAUUACAUUUAGAGACCCUUCAUGAUAGAAGACUAAAAUAUAAAAUAGCAAUUAUACAUAAAACACUGAACCCACUGAACCGUAAUCUUCAAAUACAAAACCUAAUAAAAUACUCAGACACAUUUCUUGGUCCAAAUGCUAGGACAAAUUUGUACAAAUACUCCUUCUUCUCAAGUCCUAUUAAAGCAUGAAAUGUGUUCCCUGAAUCAGCAAGGAAAAACAAUGACUUUGCAGAGUUUAAGUCAUUGACAUAAUCAUCUUCUUUUAUAAAAUAACAUCUUUAAUUUAUAAAUCUCGAGGAGUCUGUUAAUGACAAAUAAUUUCUUGUGAUUUAAUCAUAAAUUUCCUUGUAGGAACAAUAAAAAUGUCUUAGUCUCAAAUGUUUCUUGUAUUCUAUACAUUUGUCAAAUAGCCAAUAUUAUUUUAUUAUUUGUUCUUAAUGUUUGUUUUCAUUUAAACAAAUGUCAAAUUUUUAAAAUUAAAAUAUAAGUAAGAACUUUCAAUCAUUUAUGUCAUUACUGCUACUUACACAAGUAAGAUAUAUAAUAUAAUUAAUCCACUAACUUUAUGAUUAUUUUUGUUUUUCUUUUGUACUCUUAAGGGUUUGCAAGAAAUGUUGAGCUUUGCUUUUUAACUUCAUUUAUUGAGACCAUUUACUGUUUACAUCAAGUCUAAUAAAUCUCAAAUUAAUUAGCAAAAAUGUUAUACUAAGUCACUGAGAUGCAUAUUAUAAUGAUAUACUCGCAUAUAUGAACAUUCUCUUUAAAAUGUUGAUUGCUGAUUACAUUUGAAUCUAUCUAUGUCAGUGCAUGAAUGACAGAAUAAAACGUGUUUUCCCAACAGA